AACCAUAGGUGAUGGUGACAGUUUCUCGUUGGGUCUGGAACAGUCACAUGACCCACCCACACCCACAGAGGAGAAAGUUCGUGUCGUGUGUUGGAAGUUGGGAGGGGGGCUGUGCUUGAUAAUUUAGUACCAGGAUGAUCUUUGGCUUCACCAAUUUGCAAAACGAUUUGCAGCCUGAUUAAUGAUGAUCGGUUCAAAGCUGCAUUUCUUUUUCCGCGGAAGCUUUGCCCUGACUUACCGCCACGGCUGAAGCGGAAUUGCACAGUCAUUAUUGCUUUUACAAAAGACUCGUUCGAGCUCAGGUCUCUCGUUGUAUUGGUGCUACACUUUUGAGAUGUACCUGUGCUGGCUGCAUGAGGUGAAAUAACUAAAUAAACAUUAUAACCCUGAACAUGCCCACGCUCAGUGCUCCAGCUUUACUCAUUAGUUAUAUGGAUGCUCUGUUUUGAAGAUGCUGUCUCUUUGACUGUUAUCAAUCGAUCAAUCUUUAUUUUAUAUAACGCCUUUCAGAGUGGACCACCAUCACAAAGCGCUCUACAAGAUGCAGCUGCAUUGUUUGAAGAUGCUGUCUCGGUCAAUGGUGUCCAUGUUCAUGUUUGCCUGCGGGGGUGUGAUGGGGUGCUUGCUGUUUUAUUAUGCUGUUGGCAAGGUGAGGCUGCAGAUGGCACAGCCGAGGAAGCUGUACUCUUCCAGACACCAACACAACCUUCAGUAUCACCAGUCAUUGAGAAACACCACUGCAGACCCCUCUGAUUCCGGAGUGCGAAUCCUCUGCUGGGUGAUGACCUCGCCGCAGUCCCUCCAAUCCAAGGCGCUGCACGUCCAGACCACCUGGGGGCGCCGCUGCGACAAGCUCCUCUUCAUGAGCUCUGUGUCCGACCCCUCGUUCCCUGCCCUGGGCCUGAACACCUCGGAGGGGCGCAGCCAGCUCUACCGCAAGACCAUGGCUGCCUUCACCCUGCUGCAUGACCGCUACCUGCAGCACGCAGACUGGUUCCUCAAGGCUGACGAUGACAGCUACGUGGUGAUUGAGAACCUGCGGCGGCUGCUGUCCAGUCGAAACCCCCGGUACCCGGUAUACCUGGGCCGGCGCUUCAGCCCCUAUCUCAAGCAGGGCUACAUGAGCGGAGGGGCGGGUUACGUGCUGAGCAGGGAGGCCCUGCAGCGCUAUGUAGGGGCCCUCCGGGACGGCACCUGCACCCACACCUCCUCUGUGGAGGACCUGGCUCUGGGGAGGUGUCUGGAGAAGGUGGGGGUCCCAGCAGGAGACUCCCGAGACCAGCUGCACAGGGAGAGCUUCCACCCCUUCCUCCCAGACCAUCUGCUCAUCCCGGGCUCCCUGCCGGCCAGCCACUGGUACUGGAGUUACAACUACUACAACACUCCCAACGGGCCGAACUGUUGCUCCGACCUCUCCAUCUCCUUCCACUAUGUGGACCCCGUCUAUAUGCACAUGCUGGAGUAUUUCACCUACCACCUCCGAGCUGUCGGCUACCAGCACAGAGACAACACUGACUUCUCAGUGCCAGCUCACUGACACAGCUUGGAGCCAAGGUGCUUGAAUGAGGGCACAAGAAGCUAGUACUACAAUGCACUCCAGUACUUCUCAGAGGACUGUAUCACAACAAUAUCAGGGUCUGUUAUAUACAAUGUUUAUAUUUUGAUUCAUGCAUUGUAUUGGAGAAAAAGCCUUGUAAACACUUUACUGUAAAUGCUAUAAGAUAUUAGCAUGUCUCCCUGGUUUGAAGACAGUGCAAAGGCACAUUUUCAGACGGCAAUAAAAUAUUUUGAACAAUAUAUGUAGCAGGCUUAGUGUCCUGUAGCCCCAUCUAAUGGGAGUACUUUGUAAUUACAGCAGUCAUUGUUUGACCAGAUAAGCCAUUGAAUUUCUUUGACGUGCUCCAUAAUAAAUAUAUAAAUGUUUAACUGCACCUAAUUUAUUUUUUUAACGCUUAUUUAUCAUCGCACUGCAUUUCAGAUUCACCCCUUAGAAAGGUUAACCACAGUAUAUUUGCAUAAUAGUUUUGCAUGUGUCAUGUUACAGUUUUUGUCUUUGUUCAACCAUGAUUUGUAGCAUGGCUUACCAUGAUUCUGUGUGCAGGUGGACCUUGACAGACAGUGUUGGCGUGCACCCGAGCGUGUGUGCGAGGAGCUGCAGGCCCUGGCUUGUGGUAUUCACAGAUCUGAAUGCCACAGCACAACAACUUAGCUCCGUGCUGCAACACUUUCCACCACGCUGGCCAGAAAAUAGGUCAAAAUAACCUCCUGAGCCCUCUCUUCAGUACAGGCUGAGGGAAAUUGUAGUGUAACAAGAGGAAAGCGUGGUCAGUCAGACUGCAGUUUGUUUCAUCUAGAAUUGAUUAUUGCAAUGCAAUAUUUUUUCGUUUGCAGCUCAUUCAGAACACUGCUGCUAGAACCCUGACUAAAACCAGACAAUGUGAGCAUGUUAAGCCUGUUUUGGUGUCUUUGCAGUGGCUCCCUGUGCCGUUUCAGAAUUGAUUAUUGACUGCACUCUUAGAUCACAGGAUGUUUGGCUGCUGGUUAUUCCAGGGAGAAUAAAAAUGAUACCGGAGGAGGGGCCUUUUCUUGUAACGCUCCCAGAUAAUGAAAUGCUCUGCUGCCGUCUGUCGGGAAAGCUGAGACCUGUUUUUAAAUCAAAAUGAAAGUAUUUUUACACUUUUUGUUUUUAUAUUAGUUUGCCUAUUUUACAAUCAAAUUUUAUAAUUGUACAUUUAGCACCAUGUUUAGCUCUUUAAUUUCUGUCUAUUAAAAUUAGUAUUAGA